AUGAAGCUCAAGCAGCUCGAAGGCUAUCUUUCCGAUGUCGAGGCGUUCCGCAACCCCAAGGUGCAGCUCGAGCAGUACCCAACCACCGCCCACCUGGCCGCACGCAUCCUCUACACUGCCGAGUCCUCCUUUGGCGAUAUCUCCGACAAAUCCGUAGUCGAUCUGGGCUGCGGCUGCGGCAUGCUCUCCGUAGCCUCAGCCAUCAUGGGCGCCACCAACGUCCUCGCCAUCGACAUCGACGCCGACGCCCUGGAGAUCGCCCAGGAGAACAUCGACGAGUUCGAGCUCGACGACACCAUCGACCUGCUCCACGCGUCCCUGUGCCAGCCCGAUCGCGACGGGCUGGCAAUGAACGCUGCGCUGGUGGCCAAACUGUCCCGCAAAUUCGACACCGCCAUCCUGAACCCGCCCUUUGGCACCAAGCCUGGCAAUAAGGGCAUUGACGUCGCUUUCCUCCAGGCCGCUUGCGAAAUGGCCACCACUGCCGUCUAUUCCCUGCACAAGUCGUCGACGCGCGAGUUCCUCGUCAAGAAGGCCGACUCGUGGGGGUUCGACUGCGAGGUCCUGGCCGAGCUCAGGUUCGAUGUCCCGAUGAUGUACAAAUUCCACAAAAAAAACCGGAGAUCAAGCUGA